AUGGCGGAGAGUGAGAUCCAGAAGAUAGACCUAGAGACAGAGUUUCUGGCGUCGAAGAGAGAGAGCGGGAACGAGUGGGAAACCUUCAAGGAGAACGUGAGGCCACUGAAGAGAGGCCGAAACGUGAACGUUUUGAACCACGCUCUCAAGUCUCACACCGACAACAACCUCAAGAAAUCGCUCCUUCAGCAUCGAAGGAAACUUAUUGAAGCCAUCGACGAAUACCAAGGUGAUGACCCUCUUCUCCCGUGGCUACAGUGUAUCAAGUGGAUUCAAGAGGCGUUUCCUCCGGGAGGAGACAGUUCGGGGUUGGUGGUGAUUUACGAGCAGUGUGUGCGUGCUUUUUGGCACUCGGAACGCUAUAAGGAUGAUUUGCGCUACCUCAAAGUGUGGCUUGAAUAUGCAGAUAAUUGCUUUGAUGCAGACGUUAUAUAUGCUUUUCUGGAUGCAAAUGGAAUAGGAAAAACUCAUUCUGAUUUCUACAUUUCAUAUGCAUUGCUUUUGGAAUCUAAGAACAAGUUUAAAGCUGCCAACCAGACAUUCGAGCUUGGAAUAUCCAGGAAUGCUCAACCGGCUGAUAAAUUGAAGGCUGCUUAUAGAAAAUUUUUUGCACGCUCAAUGACAAGGCCAAAAUCUAUAGAUGACUCAUUGGAAAAACUGGCACCUGUGCGUAGCUUUGGAACUGUUCUUGCCAAGGGAGAAAAUCGUGCUCCUCUGACCUCUUUAAACUGUGAUCCUUCUGCCAAGAAUGAUAGGACUCGGGCAGCUCCACUUUCCAUUUAUAAAGAUUCAGUUGGCACUGGAGAUACCAGCCCUCAUCAUCCAGACCUGUCACACUCUUGGCUCAAACUUGGAGCUCAUGCUGACAGAAACAAAGAAAACAACGCAGUUCCUGGAAAAUGGAAAUCCUACAAGAUUCCACAGCGACCUGGGACUAGAACUGAAGGAUCUACUGCAAGUGCUUGCAUCCCAGUGUUUGUUGAUGAAGAAUGUCAUGAUUCACAAAGUUUGAAAUCAGCCGAGGGUUGCAAGUCCUCAACUUUGAAGAUUAGGGAAGACGAAGACAAGGACUUGAAAAGGGAAACAGAGCUACUAAGGAAGAACCCAUUACGCAACUUUCCUCGAAACAGCCUUCCCAGAUAAUUCAAACAGCGUCAAAACA